CGAGCGUCUCCCAGCACUGCUGCCAGGCCCCCCUGCACUCCGGGCUUGCCCCACCUUUCCUUCACUCAUCGCCACGCGUUUUGGCUCUUCCCACCUCUUCCUUUUUGGCUCCGGUUCCUUCCUCUCGUUGGUCUCCAGCUCGUUAGAGGCAACGAGGUGGGCAUGACCCCGCAUUGCAUACAGCAGUACAGCCGACCGGAGCAACAGCACUGCUUGCAAAUGAUUUAUUCUUGGCACAGGGCCACCGAAAGCAGGGAGGGGGGAAGCAGCAGUUAAGCGGAGCUCCAGGACCUGAGAAAUUUAAGGCGCUGCUAGUCUUUCAUGGCAGCGUGUCAAGGCUGCACGGCGGAGACCGAGCGCGAGGGGGAUCAGCAGGUUUUACAAGGUGAUGCACAGCGGCCAAAGCCUUGGCAGAGCUGCUGGGAAGAGUGAGACGGAGCGGCAGGCUGCAGCUGCAUCCUCCGGCUAACGCUGUCCCUACAGCGAAUGCAGAGGUCUGACCCGGCCAGCUCGGGGACGGCGGUUGUCGGUGGGGAGAGGCAGCUCGGUGCGUUCACGGAAAGCUGGAGCCCACCAGCACCACGCACGCUGCUCGGCGGGGAACGUGCCAGGAGCUGCAGGGAGCCGUGAGGAGCACACACAGCUCCCAGCGGCCUUGGCCAUGCGUUGAUCGGACGGACUCGGGGCUUUGCAGCUUCAGCAGUUAAUUUGAUGGAGAGUCGCUGCAGGACCCAGCGUGGGAAGGGGGUGGUCAAGGUGAAUGGCAGCCCAGCCUGUGCAAGCAAUUCCUCACUGCAGACAUGCAAAAGAGGGUCUGCUGCCUGCACAAAAGGUUCGUGUAAAGCCUUGGGGCUCUAAUUCCCGUGCAGAUGCAGAGCAGCGUUGCUAGCAAACCCCGCCAGCACCGCUCCCCUCUCCUUUGCCCACCCAGGGACAGCCAGGUGAGGAUCAUGGAGAAGACGGUGGCCAACGCAGAGAAAUACUUUGGCCGGUUCUGCUCUCUGAUGGCUUCCUACACCCAGAAAGUGGCCAAGCUCCGCGACAAGUCCGAUCUCCUGGUGAGGCAACUCAUUGACUACGCAAACACCGAGAGCCCCGAGCUGCGAAACACCAUGAAGGGCUUUGCGGAGGAGUUAGCCAAAGUGCAGGAUUACAGGCAGGCCGAGAUAGAGCGGCUGGACGUGAAGGUGGUUGAGCCCCUGAAGCUCUACGGCAUCCGACUGAAGCAGAUGCGGGCAGAGCCCAAGAGGUUCAGCAGCACCCGCAGCAACCAGAUGAAGCAGCUGGAGAAGCUGGCGCGGCUGCGACAGACGGCACCGCUGGACCGGCAGAGAUCUUCCUUCCCGCAGGCUGAAUCCAGGGUGCACCGAGCCGUGGCGGACACCAGCCGCAUCUCGAAGCGCCUGGAGGAGACCUUCAGCCGCUUCCAGCAUGAGAAGCCGAAGGAUGUGCAGAGGAUUUUCUCAGAUUUUGUUGCCGUUGAAAUGAUUUUCCAUGCCAAAGCCCUCAAGGUCUACUCCGACACCUUCCAGAGCCUGCACAGCUAUGACAGCAGGAAGGAUUUGGAGGUGGGGGGGGGUCUGAAUCCCUCGCUAAAAAGCCCAGCUCUCCAUACAGGCCGCCGACAGCCAGGGAGCCCCUCGCCACCCUGGGCCACAUCCCUGGGGAAACUGAGGCAGGGAGGGCUGCGCUCACCGGUCAUCCAAAGCUAUGGCAAGCUGGUGCUUUUCAAUCCGGGCAUGUGCAAACUGGGCAGCUCUCCAGCCCUCCGAGCUGUUCUGCACUUCGGCUCUGCUGGUUGUUAG